AUGUCUCCUCCUCAGAGACAGCGCCGGGAUUUCAACAAAUUUCCCACUUCUCAGCUCUUCUUCUUGGUCGCCGAGCCGAUCGCUCUCACCUCCAUCUUUCCUUAUGCCUGGAAACUCGUGCUCGACUUUAAUGAAUGUGAGUGUUCAGAAGCUGAUCAAAACCGUAUCGGGCGCAAGCCUGUUUUGCUCUUGGGAAGUGCAGGCACUAUGCUUUCCCUCCUUUUGGUCGGCGUUUCCACUAACUUCUGGAUGGCUCUUGCUGGAAGAGCGAUUGGAGGCUUCCUUAACGGAAACAUUGGAGUCAUUCAGACUAUGGUCGGAGAGCUUACCGUCAACCCUAAGCAUGAACCUCGCGCAUACUCGGUUAUGCCCUUCGUCUGGUCCAUCGGCACCAUCAUCGGUCCUUCAAUCGGUGGAAUCUUCUCAGCUCCAGCAGAAAACUUUCCCGAGGUCUUUUCUCCCCACGGAAUCUUCGCCAAGUUCCCCUACCUGCUUCCCAACCUGAUCUGUUCAGCUUUGAUGCUGUUCUCAAUUGUCUGCGGCUUCUUCUUCCUCGAGGAGACUCACCCUGAUAUGCAACCCUGGAGUACGGAAGAUGAUCUCCAGCACACUGAAGCCGAAACUCCACUUUUGGCUGCUCAGGCCGGAACGUUCACAGCUGCAGUCGACUUGCACAGCGAAUCUUACGGCACCUUCAACAAGGUCGUCCAAGAUCAGGAGUGGAACGUUUUGCCCGAUGGAACGGAUGCGCCAAAGGAAGCAGAGCCCCAGGAUCAAGCUGUUUUUACCAAGCGUGUGGUCAUGUUGAUUAUUGCUCUCGGCAUUUUCACGUACCACAGCAUGUCCUACGAUCAUCUCCUGCCCAUCUUUUUCCAGGACUCGCGUGUGGAGAGCAGAGUCCACGGAAACAAGCUAAGUUCAAUGGCUGGCGGUCUCGGAUUGACAAUUCAAGAUGUAGGCGUCGUCAUGUCUGUGAACGGCAUCAUUGCAUUGGGCGUCCAAGCCAUCGUAUUCCCUCUGGCAGCAGCUUGGCUGGGUGUUUGGAAGUUGUUCAUUGUCACCACUGUCUUGCACCCUAUCGCAUACAUUGUGGUGCCCUACUUGGUGCUUCUCCCCGAAGAGUGGCUGUACCCCGGCAUCUACGCCUGCCUCACCAUCCGCAACAUCUUUGCCAUCCUCGUUUAUCCCGUUAUGCUCAUCCUGCUCAAGGAAGCUUCUCCCGCACCCUCUUGUCUGGGUAAGAUCAACGGCUUGGCUGCCAGCACUGGCGCCGCCUGCCGCACGCUCGCUUCNCCCAUCGCAGGUAUUCUCUACGGCAUCGGUAUUGAUAUCGAUUUUACGGCUUUGGCGUGGUGGGUCAGCGGUGCUGUUGCCGUCAUCGGUGCCAUUCAGGUCUUCUUCAUCAACCGCAAGAAGAGCAGUGAAUGGCAUCAAGUGCGCGCGCUCCCCUGCCGUUUUAUGCCUCCCGAGGAACACAGACAGGAGAUUGUGCACAUUGUUGUCCAAGACGAGGAAGAGCAGGAAGUUGAAGCCAGCGAGCAGCAAAGAUUGUUGGCAUAA